AUGUUUGAGGUAAUUGGGAAGGUGGUGACAGGCAUCUGCGGCAAGCGCAGGGAUAAGAACAUCAUAAGAGGGAGGGUGGUGCUGGCGAAGAAGAAUGUGUUGGACUUGAACGACUUCAAUGCCUCCUUUCUGGAUGAUCUUCACGAGUUCCUGGGCAAACGAGUCUCUCUUCGCUUAAUCAGCGCUCUUCACCUUCAACCGGGAAAUGACUUGAGAGGAAAAGUUGGGAAGCCUGCGUAUCUAGAAAACUGGAUCACCACGGGCACACUCGUGACUACUGGUGAAUCAACAUUCAAGGUCACGUUUGAGUGGGAUGAGGAUAUAGGAAUCCCAGGAGCAUUUCUCAUAAAGAAUAAUCACCACAGUGAGUUCUACCUCAAAACUCUCACUCUUGAAAAUGUUCCAGGACAAGGUGACAUCCACUUUGUUUGCAACUCUUGGGUAUACCCUGCGCAUAAAUAUAAGAAUGAUCGUGUUUUCUUCAGCAACAAGGCAUACCUUCCAAGUGAGACACCAGUGCCUUUGCUCAAGUACAGAGAAGAAGAACUGAAGAAUUUAAGAGGUGAUGGGAGAGGGGAGCUCCAAGAAUGGGACAGAGUCUAUGACUAUGCGUUCUACAAUGAUUUGGGCGAUCCUGAUAAGAGUCCGAACUAUGCUCGCCCUGUUCUUGGAGGUUCCAGUAAAUAUCCAUACCCUCGAAGAGGAAGAACUGGCAGACCUCCCUCAAAGUCAGAUCCCAAUUCUGAAAGUAGGUUGAAGCUUGUCAUGAGUUUAAACAUUUAUGUUCCAAGGGAUGAAAGAUUUGGUCACUUGAAAAUGGCAGACUUUCUCACAUAUGCCCUGAAAUCCGUAGUUCAGGUUCUCAAACCUGAGCUGGAAUCGGUAUUUGACAGUACCCCCGAUGAAUUUGACAGUUUUGAGCAUGUGUUUAAACUCUACGAAGGUGGGAUUAAGGUUCCAGAAGGUGUGCUCAAGGAUAUAAGGGAUAACAUCCAUGCAGAGAUGCUCAAGGAAAUUCUCAGAACUGAUGGUGAACCAGUGCUCAAGUUUCCCACGCCACACGUUAUUAAAGAGGACAAGUUUGCAUGGAGGACUGAUGAAGAAUUUGCGAGAGAGAUGUUAGCUGGUGUAAACCCUGUCGUGAUCCAAUGUCUCCAAGAGUUCCCACCAACGAGCAAGCUAGAUCCUAUAGUCUAUGGUGAACAAAAUAGCACAAUAACCAGAGAACAAUUAGAGAUUAAUAUGGAUGGGCUCACUGUAGAUGAGGCGAUCAGGAAAAAGAAGCUGUUCAUAUUGGACUAUCACGAUGCACUGUAUCCGUAUUUGAGGAGGAUAAACUCUACUUCUACAAAAGCCUAUGCCAGCCGGACAAUCCUUUUCUUGCAAGACAUUGGAACUUUAAAGCCACUGGCCAUAGAAUUGAGUUUGCCACAUCCUGAUGGAGAUCAGUAUGGCGCCAUUAGUAAAGUUUACGUGCCUGCAGAAGAAGGCGUUGAACAUUCUAUCUGGAGUUUAGCUAAAGCCUACGUGGGAGUAAAUGACUCCGGAUAUCAUCAACUUAUUAGUCACUGGUUAAGGACUCAUGCAACAAUUGAGCCAUUUGUUAUAGCUACAAACAGGCAGCUUAGCGUGCUUCACCCGAUUCAUAAAUUACUACUUCCUCAUUUCCGUGACACCAUGAAUAUAAAUGCACUUGCACGACAGAUCCUUAUCAAUGCGGGUGGUAUUCUUGAGACGACGGUUUUUCCAUCAAAGUAUUCUAUGGAGAUGUCAUCCGUAAUUUAUAAGAAUUGGACUUUCCCUGAUCAAGCUCUUCCUACAGAUCUUCUUAAGAGAGGAAUGGCGGUUGAAGAUCCACGUUGCCCCUAUGGUCUUCGGCUACUAAUUGAGGAUUAUCCUUAUGCUGUUGAUGGACUUGAGGUUUGGUUUGCUAUUAAGACAUGGGUCAGAGACUAUUGCUCCUUUUACUACAAGACAGACGACACAGUUAGUAGGGACUCAGAACUCCAGUCUUGGUGGAAGGAAAUAAAAGAGGUUGGUCAUGGGGACAAGAAAGAUGCCCCUUGGUGGCCUUUAAUGCAGACUCGCGAAGACUUGAUUGAGACUUGCACUAUCAUUAUAUGGACUGCUUCAGCUCUCCAUGCUGCAAUCAACUUUGGACAGUACCCUUAUGCAGGCUAUAACCCGAAUCGUCCAUCUUUAAGCCGGCGGUUCAUGCCUGAAAAGGGUACUCCAGAGUAUGAUGAGCUUGUGACAAACCCUGAUAAGGUUUUCUUGAAAACAAUCACAGCACAGUUUCAAACUCUUCUUGGCAUUUCACUUAUAGAAAUCCUGUCCAGGCAUUCUUCUGAUGAGGUUUACCUUGGACGAAGAGCUACGGCUAACUGGACAGCUGAUCUAGAACCACUGGAGGCCUUUGACAAGUUUAGAAGGAGGCUUGAGGAAAUUGAGGGGAUGAUCACCAGAAUGAAUAAUGAUGAGAGACUAAGAAACAGAGUUGGCCCAACUAAGCUUCCAUACACUUUACUUUUUCCUACUAGUGAAAGUGGACUAACCGCCAUGGGAAUUCCGAACAGCGUAUCGAUCUGAUGGCUCGCGGUUUACAGCGAAUAUGUUCCUGCAUC